GUGUAACUCAAUGAAAAAGUACAUCUGUACGUACUCGUCAAUGGUAAGGCUACCGCGAUAGGCGAUAAGCGAUAAGGAUAAGCACGGUAACCUAACCCAAAACCAAAUAAUCCUAGUCCCCGAAAAUGGGAAUGAAUUGGCAUUGCAUGGCCACCAUCAGCACCAUUUCCCCCUUCCCAUCCCCAAACCUGACACAAGGCGACCCCUCCAAGACCUAAAGGACCUAAGGAUUCUCUCUACAUGCGUUUCGCAGGACGAGCGCCGUUCCGUUGAGUCUGUCACACGACGACCGUUAGACUCUUGUCGACGUCUAUGGAACUUGUCCCGUUCCCGUUCUCGUUGUCCAACUAUCUCUCAACCAACGGAGAACAGAAUAUUAUCGUCGACGCUCGUUUCGAAUAAGAAUACCUUACCUUACCUACUGUGGAUAUAUCUAUACCUCUGUCCCAAAGACCACCACCAUUCGAACGAUCUACCACCAACCGUUAAGAACGGGAACCCAACCAUGGCGCUCAUAUCAGUCAAAACCAUCCUAACAUCCCUCUGCCUCUUCCACAUCACUCUAGCCUACUUCUUCUACACGAAUCCCAACGCCAUCUCCGACCAAGCUCUCGUCUAUGUGUUAGGCGAAGCCAUGGGCAUGCCCCAGACAACCGCCUUCGCAAACCCCAGCGCCGUCUCCUCCCUCCUCGGCGUCUCUCUCCUCUUAACCGGCCUCUCCGACCUACUCACCCUGUCCCUCCCCGAAGAAGUAUGGCUGAUCCACUACUGGGGCGCACAAGCACCUCUCCGCAUCAUCGUAUUCGCCUCGCUAUCGCUAUUCGCGUAUUUCUCGACGCCGACCGCCGGCCGGUCCGGAGCAAACCGCCUAUCGCACCCGCUAACACCUCCCUCGUCCGCAUUUAUCCCCGGCGCCGCAGUUAGCGGUAGCGACGGCCUGCGCAACCGCGUCUUCUUCACGUUCGCCUUCCUCGAGUUUCUUAGUUGGUUUUGGGUCUGGGUCACGCUGAAGGAAGAGUCUGCCACCUUUCUCUCCCGAAAGAAGAGGAGGGGGAGCAGCAGUGGUGGUGAGGUUCUGCGGUAGAUGGGUAGAAGGCUGUGAGGGCAAGGGAAGUGGAUUGCGACAUGUUUGCGAACGUGUAUGGCUUUUCUUGUCUAGAUCCUGAGCUCUCACUUACCGCAGCUUUAUUCUCUCCCUUUUUUUUUAGCCAUGUUAUGUCGUGCAGCCGGUUUUUUAUAUGCAUAUUUUAGCGUGGGCAUAGGCAUAGGCAUAGGCAUAGGCAUGGGUUGUUGGCAUAUCUACGGCAUCGGGGCUAAGG